ACAUAACCUCUAUCUAAACAUAAACAUUCUUCAACUUGAUUAAUUUAAACUAUUUUUCAAUUCUAAUUUGAAUCAACAUGAAAAAAUUGGAGAAGAAGUUGAAAAAGCAUUAUAAUACCUUAUUGAGAGAUGGAAUAGCAGUUUCGACUGAAGCAACUAAGAUUAUUGCUAUUUGUAAUGCGGGUUUAGUAAAUGGACUUUCUGAGGAAAAAUUGCUCAGUUCAUUCGCGAAAUAUGGUGAAAUCACAGACAUAUUUAUGCCACCAGGAAAAUCAUAUUGUUUUUUAUGUUUCCAAUCUAUUGAAGAGGCAAGUUCCUGCUUUAACUCAAGCAAUGGGACUUUACAAAUAGCGCAGAAUGAUAAGCCAGUAUUUCUAGGAUUCGUAUCAUCUUUACCUUUCAUUAAUGAUGAAAGAAAGUGGGGUUGUUCACCGCCAGGUUUGAUAAUUUUAGAAGACUUCAUUUCAUUAGAAGAGGAGGCUCUACUGAUUGGAAUACAAGAUUUUAAUGAAUCAGCUACAAUGAAGAACCGCCAAGUUAAACAUUUUGGUUUUGAGUUCAGAUAUGAUACAAACAACGUUGAUGCAAGCUGCCCAUUAAUGGAAAAAAUUCCUAAGGAAUGUGAUUUUCUCUGGGAAAGGUUAGGUGAAAAAUGUAAUAAAUUUAGAGAUUUUAUACCUGAUCAGCUAACAGUUAAUCAAUAUCUACCUGGGCAAGGAAUUCCAGGACAUGUUGAUACCCAUUCUGCUUUUAUUGAUCCAAUAAUUUCCCUGUCAUUGGCUUCACCGAUUGUGAUGGACUUUAAAAAUGACAACGGGGAUCAUUAUUGCGUCAAUUUACCUAGGCGGUCUCUUUUAAUUAUGUCUGAAGAAAGCCGAUACUCGUGGACACAUGGUAUAACCCCAAGGAAAUUUGAUGUCAUCAAAAAUAAUGGCAGAUGUACUUUAUCAGUUAGGGGAGUGAGGGUCUCUUAUACUUUUAGGAAAUUGAGGAAGGGUAAAUGUAACUGUAAAUACUCGAGUAAAUGUGAUACUUUUUCAAAUGAGCAAGAUUUGAGUUUAAACGAUGAAAAAAUCGCUGCUAGACUCGAACAGACCCAUGUUCAUGAUGUUUAUGAAAGAAUAGCUGAUCAUUUUAGUGAUACAAGGCACAAGCCUUGGCCUAAUAUUUUGAAAUUUGUGGAUUCUCUUGUUGAAGGUUCAAUUUUGGUCGAUGUCGGUUGUGGAAAUGGAAAAUAUUUGGGAAUUAACAAGGAUAUAUUCAAUGUUGGAUGUGACCGAAGUUUUGGAUUAACAGAUGUUUGUAAAGAUAGGGGUUUCGAAUCUUUAGUAUGUGAUUGUCUUUCGUUGCCUUUUAAAGAUGACUUUGCAGAUGCCUGUAUUUGUAUUGCAGUCAUUCAUCAUUUGGCUACAGAGGAGCGAAGAAUUCAGGCUAUAAGAGAAAUAGUGAGGGUAUUGAGGCCCGGGGGAAAAGCCCUUAUAUACGUUUGGGCCAAAGAUCAAUAUAAUGAAAACAAAAAGUCGAAUUACAUCAAACCGGAAACGAAGGAAGACGACACGCUACCAGCAGAAGGUUUAAAGUUUGAAGAAACAAUCUCUCUCCCCAUACACACAAAUCGGACGCAAUUCAAACACAAAGAUCUACUCGUUCCUUGGAAAUUGAAAAGGAAUUGCGAGGAGAAAGGAACGUUUCUUCGGUAUUAUCACGUGUACGAAGAUGGGGAAUUAGAAAAUUCUUGUUUGACAUUGCCUAAUGUUAAAAUUUUAUCUAGUUAUUAUGAUCAGGGCAAUUGGUGCAUUCAAUUAUUAAAAUCUUAAAGGAC